UGUGCGAGCGCGAGUAGGUCUAUGGCUGUGUCCCAAUUCCUAGGACGCAUCCUUCGAAGGCUGCAUUCGAAGGAUGCGUCGACGCCGAUUGCGUCACAGCGUCGCGCCAAGUGCUGUCCCAAUUCCAAGGGUCCUUCAAAUGCGGCCUACGAAUGCAGCCUUCUUUUCCCGGAUUUGAAGGAUGCAUCGGCUGUAUCCUUCGCGGCCCAACGUAUCCCAAGAUCCUUCACGGCCCAACGUAUCCCUCCCAAGAUUCAUUGCGCAUUCAAUCCAAAAAAUAAAACAACAAUGGCGGAGAAUGUGGAUUUGACUUUUUCAUUUAAAUGGAGCAAGGAGCAUACUGCUCAAUUUAUCAAACUCAGGGGGGAGAACGACGAGCUCUUCACCGGGGUGAAACAUUCGGCGAGUGUGGCUUGGGGGACAAUUCUGGAGAAAAUAGGCCUGCAGGGGAAUGAUUGCAAGUAUCCAGGGUCAGGAGAGGGGGUAGGUGGGAAACCCACUGCUGCCACUUGGCCCUGGUUUGUCCUCAUGGAUGAGGUAUUGGGACAGAGGCAUUCCACCAACCCCCCUGUCCUAAUUGCCUCCAUCCCUGAGGACACACCAGGGCCAAGUACGGCAGUGGUGGAUUUGGAGGUGGAGGAGAAGGAUGAGGAGGAGAGCAGGUCCAGGAGGAGGUCCAGAAAGAGGGACAGAGAGGACGAAAUGUUCGAAUUGAUUAAAGAGGACAUGAGGCUGAACAGGGAGGCAGAGGAGAGAAGAGCCCAGGAGAGCAGGGAGAGAAUGGACCGUUUUUUUUCAAUUUUGGAGCGUAUUGCUGACAAAUAAUUUCAGUUCUGUUAACAUUGUUUAUUAUUAUUAUUUAACUUAUUUUACUAUUUAUUAUUUAACUUAUUUA